GACAAUCUCCUGAACUCCAAACUGAAUGUCAGAAUGGGAAAGAAAGGUAUUUUGAGCGUGGCAUUGUUGUUGGUGCCAGACUGGAAUCUUGAAAUUAGUUUUUAUUAUCAUCUCAGUUUUGUUGUGUCAUUUAAGUAUUUUUUAUGUCAAUAUAGCUUUAAUUAAUUUUUAUUUCAGUUUUAGUCAUUUUAGUACUUAACAUUAGGAGAAAUGUUGCUGAAAAAAAAAAAAAAAAAAAAAAUAUAUAUAUAUAUAUAUAUAUAUAUAUAUGUAUAUGUUUUUGUAUUUCAGUUCAAAUUUAUUUUAUUUUAAGUAACGAUUUGUAUAUAUAGUUUUAGUUUGAGUUCCUGGAUGGAAAUAGUUUAAUAAUGCAUUCAAAGACACUGACUCUUGGCAGGUUUAUCAAAACCCUGCAGAUUUAAUAGCGUAUAGAGUUCAUUUGAUGUGCUUUCAGUUCUGUUAUUAUCAGAGAUAUUACAAGCACGCUCGGGUUCUGUACUGUAAUAAAUACAUCAGUGAGGAGGGUUUGUUUAUUAAUGGAGCAAAUAAAGCAUCCUCAGUGCUGCAGGUGUAUUCUGUCAUAUUCAGGCAGAUAUUAUGGGAUGCGCUGAAGGCGUCGCCCGCGCGCGUGCCCGUGACGCAGAGCUGCUGAUGCGAAGGUGAUUUUCAUCAUGAGGCUCAGAUGCUGGUGUGUGAAUCACAAGAACACACGGCUCUUACACUGAGUCCCGUCUGAUGACACAUGACUGCUUCUUCCCGGAAGAAGGAAGGAAGGAAGCUGUGACGUCACGUGCCGAAAGAGCUGCUCUGAAACUGAAACCUUUAUUCUCACUUUUAAGAAUCUCAUACCUCUCUCUCUAUAUAUGCUUAUCAUCUCUUUAAAAAAGUAUAUUUUACAGUAUUUGCGAUUUUUUUUAAUUAGCAUAAUUCCCAAAAUUGAACAUUAAUAUAGGCCUAAAGUAAUGUCGCCAAAUUAAUCAAUCAUGAAACACUCAGUUUCAGCUCAGGUUUCUGAUAGUGUUAGUGCAGCCAGAUCUAUAAUAUUGUAUGAAUAUUAAAUGUGUUAUAUAUUUAUAUAUAAAACUUAAAUUAAAAUGUAAAUAGAAAAAAAAAAAAUCAUCAACCCAACAAAAUUAUAAUUCAAAAUAUUGACAGAAUGUACUGUACAUUAAGUGCUACUAAAAUAUCUCUGAAUCAGAUUGAAUCUACUUCAUGACUCAUAUCAUAUUUCACAAUUUUUUUUAUGGUGCUAAAAAUAGACUUUUUUGUGUGUGUGUGUGUGUGUGUGUGUGUGUGUGUGUGUGUGUGUGUGUGUGAGUGUGAGAGAGAGUCUCGCCCUGUGCGCGGACGCGUCAGAUUAGACGCGUGGAUGAGCGGCGCGCUGCGGAUCGUCACUGACGGAGGAAAGCAAACGCUGAUGCGGCGAUGGGCUCUGAAUCUGAACCACACAACUGUCUGCGAGGAUGGUGUCGAGGUGUCCUCCGACGGAUGGAGAUCAGCGCAGGCUUCCGAUAUUAUUUCCAGCAUCCCUGGUCUCGUCUGCUGGUGGCGUACCUGGUCACCUUCUUCAACUUCCUGGUGUUCGCCGAGGACCCGGUGUCCCACAGCCAGACGGAGGCACACAUGAUGGUGCUGGGAAACUGCUUCUCGUUCGUGGUCAGUAAAUAUCCCGGAGGAGGAUGGAGCGUCCUCAAAGUCCUGAUGUGGAUCCUCGCCAUCAUCACGGGCCUCAUCGCCGGGAAGCUCCUGUUCCAUCGACACCUGUUCGGUCGUGUCCUGCGUCUGAAGAUGUUUCGUGAGGACCACGGCUCUUGGAUGACCAUGUUCUUCAGCACCAUUCUCUCGCUCUUCAUCUUCUCUCACAUCUAUAACCUCAUUCUGCUCAUGAGUGGACGGAUGCGGCCUCACAUGGUGACGGAGUACAUGGGAAUCAGGAACGAGAUCUUUAUGAAGAUGGUUGCUGUGGGAACAUGGAUGGGAGAUUUUGUGACGGCGUGGAUGGUAACAGACAUGAUGCUGCAGGACACUCAUUACCCAGACUGGGGCCGGACCCCCAGGCAGCUCUGGAGACAGGGACACAACCGCAUCGUUCUGUUCUGGGCGGUGCUGUUCUCUCUGACCUCUGUGGUGGUUCUGGUCAUCAGUACAGACUGGAUCAGCUGGGACAAACUGAACCGCGGCUUCCUGCCGAGCCACGAGGUCUCCAGAGCGUUCCUGGCCUCCUUCAUCCUGGUCUUUGACCUCCUCAUCAUCAUGCAGGACUGGGAGUUUCCUCACUUCAUGGGCGAUCUGGACAUGAACCUCCCAGGCCUUUCCACCACACAGCUGAAGAUCAAACUGCCCAUGAGCAAGCGCAUCUUUAAAGAAGAGUACCACAUUCACAUCACAGGGAAAUGGUUUAAUUACGGAAUCAUCUUCAUGGUCCUCAUCCUGGACCUCAACAUGUGGAAGAACCAGAUCUUCUACAAGCCCUAUGAAUACGGUCAAUACGUAGGUCCAGGAGAGAAGAUCUACACCGUAGAAGAUCCGGAGACGCUGCACAACUUCAACCGCAGCACGCUGACCUGGGAGUGGCGCUCCACCAACACUGACCCCCUCACCAACCGGACCUACAUCCAGAGAGACAUGUUCCUUCACAGCCGCUACGUGGGUGCUAGCCUGGAUGUCAAAUGCCUGGCGUUCAUCCCGAGUCUGGCGGCCUUCGUGCUCUUCGGGUUCUUCAUCUGGCUGUUCGGACGCUUCCAAGACAGUGAGAAAUUCCCUGAGAACCAAGACAAGACCUACGAGCGCAUCAAGCGCAAGUCUCCGUCUGAUCUGGGAGUCACGCCGGAGGAAGUGCACAUCACCAUGAGCGAAGCCUUGAAGAGGUGCGGCACGUCCAUGCUGCUCCUGGUGGACACUCAUCAUUUCGGGUCAUCGAGCUGCUCCAUAUCACCGUGUACGAAUGAGACCCAGGAGACCCAACCCAGUGUAGCGGUUGACAACAUCGCCCAUGAGGACACAUCUGAUGUCAAAAAGCUGACCCCAUGACAUAGCCAAAGGUCAAAAUGACUUCCAAAGUUGAUUGGCGUUUGAAGUCCUCGGAAAACCAUCACAGACUCUACCUUGAACUUUCUAUUUUUGUAUGAAGUGAUCUUGCACUGCGCACCAACUUUCUGAGCUCAGCCUUUUCCACAUUCCUCAAGGACAUUGGUCUAUGGUGCUGGAUGUUUGAUUAUUCAAUGUCUUUUUUUUAUGUAGACUCUUGUUUUGAUGUACUCUUGUGCCUACAUGGAUGAAAUACUGUCCUCACAGUGAACACAUGGUGUGAUGGUCAUGAAAAUACUUGUAAUGAACACCUAAAGCUGUGCCUUUAUUAACAAAAUACCUUGAA